AUGGCGCAUUUGAAGAAUCUUCCAUGGGAGCUGAUCGAAGAGAUACUCUCUCGUGUGCCACCCAAAGCUCUCGUUCGCUUCAGAGCCGUAUCGAAGCAAUGGAACGCUCUUUUCGAGGACAAGAGGUUCAUGAACAAUCACAAGAAGACGUUUAGGUUCAUCAUAGCAACCAAACGCAAGAUUUAUUCUGUAAGCAUCGAUCCUGUGGUAGUGGUACGUGAGUUACCCUUAGGCACACCCGGUUUAAGAUCAUACCCUUUGAAAUUUCAAAGCUUUGUUGAUUGCAAUGAUUUGUUGCUAUGUCGCAAGGAGAGAGGAGUUGUUGUUUGGAACCCUUGGUUAGGACAAAGUAUAUGGAUCCAACCGAGGGUAAUAGAUUCUCUUAUGGUAUUCAACGGCAUAGUAUGCAACAAUAAGAAAUACAAGAUGGUUGUUUUUUCCUAUAGAGAUACUAAUGAAAUUUGGACAACCUAUGACUUUUCCUUAGAUAAGUGGGUAGAAUACAAGUCAAGAAUUAGUAGUAGCGUAAACCUUGUUAGUGUUGAAACUGCUGUAUCCUUAAAUGGAACUUUGUAUUGGGUUUAUUUUAGUAACAAGACCGAUCCCUUGGGCUACCACAUUAGUAAAUUCGAUUUUUCAAGAAAAAUAAUGUAUUAUUUUUGUAAUCUACCUUGCGGGAGAAACCAUGAUGCGGAUGCUCUUGUCCUUAGGGUCUUUAGGGGAGAUUGGUUUUCGUUGCUAAAGCAAUGCAUUGUCACAAAGAAGAUUGAUAUUUGGGUGACCAAGGACAAGAUUAACUCUGAGGAUGGUAGUAAUGUGGGUUGGAUGAAUUAUAUGUCUUUUUCAAGUCCUAAGUUGCCGGAUUUAGUAGAGACUGUACGCUUCUCUCAGCCAAGUUAUUUCAUCGAAGGUAAGAGGCUCGCGGUGUGUUCUUGUGACAACAAUGGUCAGGCUUGGAUCUAUCUUUUGGAGGAUGAUAAGUUGAUCAGUAAAACUUGUUUAGAUGAUGUGGUUAGUCGUUGGCCUUUGCACUGUACCUUUGUUCCUAGUUUGGUCCAGGUUCCUGCAGCUCGAGGCAGACUAAGUUUGAGUCUCUUUUUCUGGAAGUAUUGUACAUAA